CCGCGUAGUCCUCAGGAACUUGUGAACCAGAAAGCUUGGCAGAGAAGCAAAUGCCAGCGUCCUGGAAGAACUGAGAGUCACGUCUGUAGGCGCUGAGGCUUUUUUUUCCUUCCCCGCCCCCUGCCCAGCCUUGGCCCGAGUUGGCCAAAGGAUGUGUCACCGGCUGCGGGGCCGCGGGUGCAAGCCCAGAGCGGCUGGUAGCGGUGUACCUGAGACAAAGGUAACGGAGGCCGGGCGGACUGCACCUCUGCCCUGCGCUCCAGGGCCCCGGCGCCCCGGGCAGGGGUCUCGCUGCCGCGCCGGCCUGGCCUUGGCUGGAGGGGCAUUCUCCUGGGGACUCUCGAUGGAAACCAGCUGGCCGUGCCUGGAGUUGAUGUUGCUUCCGAACUCCGCUGUGCUCACAUUAUUUCCAUUCCUCUCACCCUGGUUUGUCAUUCACAGAAACAUGGAUCAUUUAAACCUUUGGAGGACUCACUUAUCACAAUACAUCUAUACUACCAACUGAAAUUUAUGACAGUAUAUUUAUGACAAAUUUCUGCAUUGAAGAACUAAAAAGACAGUCUUCAUAAAAAUAACCCAAGUAGUAUCAUAUUACUAAGUAAAACUGAAAGGAACAAUUAUUAAAUUAUUAGUCUUGCUAAUACAAGCACAUGUGUGCAGCAGCUACUGUAUACUGAUAGUUAAUCAAACCUCAAAUUUCAGUGGUUUCCUAUUGUGGGAAGUCAUUAUAUCUGUACCCAGAGAAUACUGUCAUUAAAUAUAUUUUCAGCUAAAUGUCAUUUAGGUGACUUUUCUCCGAACAAGAUCUAGAAAGUUCCACAUCCUGACACAGUGGAUUUGAUAUUAUGGCAGCAACUUACAGACUUGUAGUUAGUACUGUGAACCACUACAGCAGUGUGGUAAUAGAUCGACGUUUUGAGCAAGCUGUACAUUAUUGCACUGGAACCUGCCAUACUUUCACACAUGGAGUUGACUGCAUUGUGGUACAUCAUAGUGUUUGUGCAGACCUCUUGCACAUUCCUGUGUCUCAGUUCAAAGAUGCAGAUCUGAAUUCUGUAUUUCUACCCCAUGAAAAUGGGCUUUCCUCAGCUGAAGGUGACUGUCCCCAUCAGGUCCUUACAGGCAUACCCAGAGUCAAAAGAACUUCUACAUUUCAGAAUAGCUGUAAUUUAAAGGACAUUGCAGGAGAAGCAAUCAAUUUUGCCAGUGGAAAAAUAAAGGAAUUUUCCUUUGAAAAACUAAAAAACUCGAACCAUGUGGCUUACAAAAAGGGAAGGAAAGUUAAGUCUGACUCAUUUAAUAGGCGGUCAGUUGACUUUGAUUUGCUCUGUGGCCAUUAUAACAAUGAUGAGACCACUCCAUCCUUUGGUUUACUCCGGAGUUCUUCAGUUGAGGAAAAAUCUUUAUCCCAUAGAAACUCACUUGAGACAAACUUAACUUCAAUGCUUCUUCAAAACUUCUCUGAAGAAGACCUGGUUAAUCAGAUUUUGGAAAAACAUAAAAUCGAUAAUUUUUCUUCGGGCACAGACAUAAAAAUGUGUUUGGACAUUUUACUGAAAUGUUCUGAAGAUUUGAAAAAAUGCACAGACAUCAUAAAACAAUGCAUAAAGAAAAAGUCAGGAGGUAGCAUCAAUGAAGGAAGUGGUAAUGAUACAAUUUCUAGUUCUGAAACCGUCUAUAUGAAUGUAAUGACCAGGUUAGCAUCCUAUCUAAAAAAGUUACCAUUUGAAUUCAUGCAAUCUGAGAAUAAUGAGUCCAUAGAUUUAACAGAACUAGUCAGUAAUAUGCCUAGCUUACAGUUAACUCCCUUCUCACCAAUAUAUGGCACUGAACAGCCCCCUAAAUAUGAAGAUGUUGUCCAGCUCCCAACCCCUAACUCUGGACAAUUUCAAACUAUUGAAUUGCAAGAUGACAAACAUAAUUCUAGGAAAAUGGACAUUGUAAAAACCAUUCCAAACAACUCUACAAAUUCCUUAUAUAGCUUGGGAGUAAAUGAUCCCAGAACUUUAAAAGCUGUCCAGCUUCAGUCACCAUUAUCCAUGAACCAUGUGGAGAAUGUUUCUUCUGGAAACUUAAUGGAAACUCUUUAUAUUGAAGAAGAGUCAGAUGGAAAGAAGGCAUUAUUAAAUAAAGUACAACAGACAGAGAAUGGACUCAGUCACAAGUUGUUAAAAGUAAAUGAACAGAGAGGAGAAUUUUCAGACCAUGGUACUCAUCUUAAAAAUUCUUGUGCCUCAAUACAAAAUGAAAUUGGUAAGAUAUUUGAGAAACCGAUUGUUCAUCUACCUGAAGAAGACCCUGAAACAAAAGUUCCUAAAGUGGAAACAGGAGACCAGAGAAACUUUAUUAACUCGAACAGUCAGGAAGAGAUAGAUAAAUUGUUGAUGGAUUUGGAAUCAUUUUCACAGAAGAUGGAGACCUCUCUAAGAGAGCCACUUGCCAAGGGUAAAAACUCCAGUUCUCUAAAUUAUCGUAAUCAUUUGACUGGUCAGCUCCCUGUAGACACUGAGCCUAAAUCUACAGUCUCUCCACCUGUGGAAAAAGUCUCACCUUCCUGUCUAUCAAGAAUUAUUGAAACCAAUGGACACAAAAUAGAGGAAGAGGAUCGAGCCCUCUUACUACGAAUUCUGGAAAGUAUUGAAGACUUUGCUCAAGAACUAGUUGACUGCAAAUCAGGCAGAGGUUGCCUAUCCCAGGAAAAAGAAAUGAUGCAAAUUCUACAGGAAACCUUGACAACUUCCUCUAAGACCAAUUUAUCCAUCUGUAAGGAUCCUGUUGGUGAUAAACCCAAAGACACUACUUCAGUGGUUUUGAUUCAGCAGACCCCAGAAGUGAUCAAGAUUCAAAAUAAACCAGAAAAGAAACCUGAAACACCACUUCCACCUCCAGCCACCUUUUCAAGUAGUCCCCAACCUCACUCUCCUAUUCCAGCUGUGAAUAAUGUUGUAAAUGCACCAUUGUCCAUAAACAUUCCACGGUUCUACUUUCCUGAAGGACUCCCCGAUACCUGCAGUAACCAUGAACAGACUCUAAGCAGAAUUGAAACUGCUUUUAUGGAUAUUGAAGAUCAGAAAGCAGACAUUUGUGAAAUGGGAAAGAUUGCAAAGAUCUGUGGCUGUCCUCUCUAUUGGAAAGCCCCCAUGUUUAGGGCUGCAGGGGGAGAGAAGACAGGAUUUGUGUCAGCACAGUCAUUUAUUGCCACAUGGAGAAGGUUGCUGAAUAACCAUCAUGAUGAUGCCUCUAAGUUCAUCUGUCUUCUGGCAAAACCUGGCUGCAGCUCUGUAGAACAAGAGGAUUUUGUCCCGUUACUUCAGGAUGUAGUGGAUACACAUCCUGGCCUUACGUUCCUGAAAGAUGCUCCUGAAUUCCACUCCCGCUACAUCACCACGGUUAUUCAGAGAAUAUUCUACACAGUCAACAGAUCUUGGAGUGGAAAAAUUACUUCAACAGAGAUAAGAAAAAGCAACUUUUUGCAAACUCUAGCCCUUUUGGAAGAAGAGGAAGAUAUAAAUCAAAUCACAGAUUACUUCUCCUAUGAACAUUUUUAUGUUAUUUAUUGUAAAUUUUGGGAACUAGAUGGUGAUCAUGACUUGUACAUCAGCCAGGCAGAUCUCUCUCGAUACAAUGACCAGGCGUCAUCAAACAGAAUAAUUGAAAGAAUAUUCUCUGGGGCAGUAACAAGGGGAAAAACUGUGCAGAAAGAGGGAAGAAUGAGCUAUGCAGAUUUUGUUUGGUUUUUGAUCUCUGAGGAAGACAAAAGGAACCCUACCAGCAUUGAGUACUGGUUCCGCUGCAUGGAUGUGGAUGGAGAUGGAGUGCUCUCCAUGUAUGAGCUGGAGUACUUCUAUGAGGAACAGUGUGAACGGAUGGAAGCCAUGGGUAUUGAGCCCUUGCCAUUUCAUGAUCUGCUGUGCCAGAUGCUUGACUUGGUGAAGCCAACCUGUGAUGGCAAAAUAACUCUACGAGAUCUCAAGAGGUGCCGAAUGGCUCACAUCUUCUAUGACACUUUCUUUAAUUUGGAAAAAUACUUGGACCAUGAACAGAGAGAUCCCUUCGCAAUCCAGAAGGAUGUUGAGAAUGAUGGGCCUGAGCCCUCAGACUGGGACAGGUUUGCUGCAGAGGAGUACGAGACUCUUGUUGCUGAGGAAUCUGCCCAAGCACAGUUCCAGGAAGGGUCCUUUGAAGAUUAUGAGACAGAUCAGCCUGCUUCUCCCUCUGAAUUUGGAAACAAAGGCAAUAAAAUAGUAACCUCCAACCUUUCAGAGCAAUGUGGAAAGCUUCAGUCAGUGGAUGAAGAGUAGCUGCCAAGGUCAACACGAAAGGAUGACAUGUAUUUUAAAAUUUUUUUCUUGUGAAGAGAUGCUGUAGUUUGCAUACUGCUUUUUAAAGGCUUUGAUUUCUCCAAGUGUGUAUCUGCGCUAGGAACUUUUAUUUUUAAGCAAUGGGUCUAGAUACAUAUUCAUUUUAGGAGACUCCAGUUUGCCUCAAAUUCUUGCAGAGCUUUUCCUUGGAAGUGUCUAUAUAACAACUUACUUUACGAAGUCUGCACAUCAGCACUGUACACCCUUGAAUGUAUCAAGGAUCCCUUAGGGACAGUGCCAAGCAGUUCAUCCUCUGCACAGAAGUUGCCUCAGUGAUGGCCAGCAUCCCUGAGGUCCUCAGGGCUCCUGUGGAGCCUGGAAGAAGUUGUCCACUUGCAGAAAACUUGAGUCAGAAAAUUCUGGAACUUGAAAAUGUAGGCAGGGCCUCCAGAAUUGACUUAACCCUAGUAAUAAAAGCACUGCCAAAACAUCUCAGAGACUUCCUUUAUGUGUACUGGAGUUCAGAUCUUGAACUUACCUGGUUUAAUGUUAACUUCACGAUGACUUGCCCAAACUGCUAGUCACUUUACAACCUCAGGUAUUACAACCACUGGGCCUUCCAAAUUCACUGACAAGCUCUAGCAACUUCCCCAUCCUUAUUGUGAAUCUUAUGUAAACACAAGAAAAACUUCUUAAAU